CGCGCGCCCUCCCCUCACGCUUCCCGCCCCGCGCCCGCCGCCGCCGCCGCUCCGCCCUCACCGCUCCCGCCGCCUCCGUUCCUCUGUCCUCCCGCCGCUGCUCCCCGGUCCUUCCCCGGCGCGUUCCGGUUUGGGGUGCCCCGCCCGCCAUGGGCCGCUCCUCCAAGGACAAGCGGGACGUUUAUUACCGGCUGGCCAAGGAGGGCGGCUGGAGAGCGCGCAGCGCCUUCAAACUGCUGCAGCUGGAGCAGCGCUUCCAGCUCCUCCGGGGGGUCCAGCGGGCCGUGGAUCUUUGUGCUGCCCCCGGGAGCUGGAGCCAGGUGCUGAGUCGGCACCUCAGGGGCUCCGAGGGGUCCCCAGCCCAGGUGGUGGCCGUGGAUCUCCAGGCCAUGGCGCCGCUCCCGGGGGUGGUGCAGAUCCAGGGGGACAUCACCAAGGCCUCCACGGCCCGGGAGAUCCAGCGCCACUUCGAGGGGCACCCGGCUGACCUGGUGGUCUGUGACGGGGCCCCUGACGUAACGGGGCUGCACGACCUGGACGAGUACAUCCAGGCCCAGCUGCUGCUGGCAGCGCUGAACAUCACCACGCACGUCCUGAAGAAAGGCGGCACCUUCGUGGCCAAGAUUUUCCGGGGCAAGGACGUGACCCUGCUCUACUCCCAGCUGCGCCUCUUCUUCCCCGACGUCACCUGCGCCAAGCCCCGCAGCAGCCGCAACUCCAGCAUCGAGGCUUUCGUGGUGUGCCGUGGCUACAGCCCCCCCGAGGGCUUCGUGCCCACCAUGGAGAACCCCCUGCUGGAGCCCGAGGCAGGCCUGGCCCUGGCCGCUCUCUCGGGCCCCUCCCGUGUCCUCGUGCCCUUCGUGGCCUGCGGCGACCUGAGCGCCUUCGACCCCGACCGCAGCUACCCCCUGCAGCUGGACCCCGCCAGGCCCUACAGCUUCGUGCCGCCCCCCGCGCCCCCCAUCGCGCCCCCCUACGCCCGCGCCUGCCGCCUGCGCCGGGGGGGACAGCGGCCGGGGGGCGUGCAAGGACCCCCGUGUGAGGGGAUGGGCGUGCAAGGACCCCCGUGUGAGGGGGACAGAGCCUCAUGUGGGAUGAGUGUGCAAGCAUCCUUGCAUGAGAUAAGUGUGCAAGGAUCUCUGUGUGAGAUGGGUGUGCAAGGACCCUCACAUGGGAUGGGCGUGCAAGGACCCCAAGAGGAGGAACAGGAAGAGUCCUUGUGCAAGGGAGUGGGUGUGCAAGGACCCCCGUGUGAGGAGAUGGGUGUGCAAGGACCCCCGUGUGAGGAGAUGGGUGUGCAAGGACCCCCGUGUGAGGAGAUGGGUGUGCAAGGACCCCCGUGUGAGGAGAUGGGUGUGCAAGGACCCCCGUGCAAGGAGCUGCACCAGCUCCAUCUUUUGGACUGAAUUUCUGCCCUAAACGUGUGCAAGAACCCCCUGGGUGUGCAAGACCCACCCCUGGGUGUGCAAGGCCCACCCCCCCCGUGGUGCAGCCCCCCCCCAGGCCCCUCCCCUUGCACGCGUGUGUGCGACACCCCCAAUAAACGCCCCCUGCUCCGCU